AUGGUCGUCCAACAACUGUGUGAUCAUUUGGUGGCCUCAGAGCUUGUAGAUCACCUCGUAAACCCGAUGCUUAUCUCAGAACUGGUGGAGAAGUUGCCCCCCAGUACUAAACUAGAAUGGGUAAGGUACAAGCGACUACAAGCUGCAGUGAAUUUGUCAACGUUCUCCGAUUUUCUAUCCGGAAUCGUCUCGGAGGCAACCGAAGUCACACUCUACAUGGAACCGCAGUCGGAAAACCGUUCCAACCGUAAUAGGAACAAUGUUAAAGUGAGAACCAGAGAGAAUGAGGGCUUCCUGAACACCCAUAUGGGAAUAGAACAAUCGUCGAAACAGCUAUCAGAUCAGCAAAAAAGCUACGUUCAGUACGCCAACCGCAAGCCAUGCCAGUUUAAGAAGUUGGCCUGGAGUGACAGAAUGAAAAUUGUGGAGCAAUGGAAAUUGUGCCAGCUGUGCCUUAACGAACACGGACAAACGCGCUGCCGUUUCAAAGGCCACUGCAACAUUGGUAACUGCAGGGAACGUCACCACUCACUCAUUCAUCCGACGAAUUCAAUUGCACCGCUUUCAACAAACUGUCUCAUUCAUAAUUCGGAACAACAUCCCGUCAUCUUCCGAGUAGUUCCAAUUAAACUUUAUAACGGGAAGCGAACUAUGGACGUCAUCGCUUUCUUGAGGGAGGGCUCGUCGUAUUCUCUGAUGGAAAGCAGCGUUGCUGAUCAUAUGAAUUUAAGCGGUGUCUGGAAACCAAUAAUCGUGAAGUGGACGGCUGGCAUGAGCCGACUGGAACGAGAUUCAAAAUCCAUCGAUGUGUCGGUUUCUGCAAAAGGAUCAAAGGAAAGGUUUCUUCAUCGCAAUGUCCAUACGGUACAGCAGCUGCAAUUGCCGGAACAGAAGAUACGAUUUGCAGAGGUAACGAAUCGAUUCAAGCAUCUCUACGGUCUGCCGGUGGCUGAUUGUCUGGACGGUCCUCCCAGGAUUCUCAACGGUCUCAAACAUCUGCACGUGUAUGCACCACUUGAGUCGCGCAUUGGCAAACCUGGCGAACCAAUAGCAGUACGAGCGAAACUUGGUUGGACAAUAUACGGCCCUCAAGGCAACGAUGAUCCAUCUGCCGGUUUCACUGGUCAUCACGAAUCUGGUGAACUAACAGACCAGGAUCUGCGUGAACUUCUCCGAAAACAUUUUACUUUGGAGGAGUCUGGAAUGUCCGUCAUAGUGCUUCCAGAAUCAGACGAAGACCGCAGAGCCAGAGAACUACUGGAAAAAACAACCAUCCGUGUCGAUGACCGCUUCGAGACGGGGCUCUUAUGGAAAGAUGACAACCCGCAACUACCAGACAGCUUCCCGAUGGCGCUAAAGCGAAUGAAAAGUUUGGAGCGGAAAUUGGCGAAAAAUCCACAGCUUGAACAGAAUGUGAAAAAUCAAAUUGAGGAGUAUCAACUUAAAGGGUACGCCCACGUCGCAACGCCGAAGGAGUUAUCGGAAGCAGAGCCAGGUAAGGUCUGGUUCCUUCCACUAAACGUUGUCUUAAAUCCCAAAAGGCCGGAAAAGGUCCGGUUGGUUUGGGACGCAGCGGCAUCUGUCCAAGGAAAGUCUCUCAACUCCGUGUUGUUAAAAUGCCCCGACCUUCUCACCAGUCUCCCAUCAGUACUGUGUCCUUUCCGUGAACGCCCUGUCGCUUUCGGGGGUGAUAUUGCAGAGAUGUAUCACCAAUUUAAAAUACGUGCGGACGACAAAUCAGCGCAAAUGUUCGUUUUUCGACCGAGUUCAUCCGGUCAUCCGGUGAUUUACAUAAUGGAUGUCGGCACUUUUGGUUCCACCUGUUCGCCAUGUUCGGCGCACUACAUUAAGAACCUAAACGCGAAGGAUUUUGUCGAUCAGUUCCCUGAUGCUGUCAAGGCAAUUGUUGACAAGCAUUACGUCGACGAUUACCUUGAUUCCACAUUCACGGUGGGUGAGGCUAUAAAGCGGGCCAGUGAGGUUGCGUUCAUCCAUUCUAAGGCAGGAUUUACCCUUCGGAAAUGGGUGUCAAACAGCUCAGAGUUCUUGAAAUAUUUUGGAGAGCUAGCAAAAAACCAAAUGAUCCACUUUCGUUGUGAUAAGACCGGCGGUAUGGAAAGAGUUCUGGAGAUGUCCUGGAAUACAGCAAAAGAUACUUGCGUGUUUGCUACCGUUCUGCGCGACGACUUGAAGUCUUUCUUGAUGGAAGGGAAGCUACCUACAAAACGUAUUUUAUUGAGCAUCGUCAUGAGCUUUUUUGAUCCGCUCGGGUUGUGGGCGUUGUUCACUGUAUUUGGAAAAAUGAUCAUCCAGGAUCUUUGGAGAAACGGUUGUUCUUGGGACGAUAUCCUCGAUGAAAUAUCGGCGCAGAAAUAG